AAAUAAAUCAAAUGAAUCACGAAGCUGAAUCUACUCCUCUUAUUUAAUAAGAAUACUAGGCUCCAUAAUCUAAUAUUACAGAAUAAGAAUAACCAAAAAUAGUUUCAAUGAAUCAAAUAUUAUUGUAAAACACCGCCUAGGCUUUUAGUCCAGCCAUCAUGAUUAGCAAACAAUUUUACGUUUUUUCAAAAACAAUAAAAAAGUAUUAAUUGAUAUCAUACUCUAUAGAUCAAUAGAAUAAUAUAGAAAUAACGAGAGUAUUCAAUUUGUUAAGAAUAUGUCAUCAGCUUUAGAGGAAUAUGAUGGAGUUUCUUAUAGCAAUGAUGCAUUAAAUUAAGAUCAAUCUAUCACUGCAAAAGGAAUUAAAUAUUUUAGCAAAGCUAUCUCUAAGAUUAGAAGUAAACUUGGAGUUGAUAAAAAAGAAUAGGAACAACAAGAACAAGGAGCAUAAUAAUAAAAUAGAAAUGAAUCCCUUAUUCCAGAAUAGAGUCAAAGAAUAGAUGAAGAACAUAUUUGAUUUUAUAAUAAUCGUAAUUCUACAAAGUUACCUCCUUGUAGUUAAUAUACCU